AUGGCAUACCUUAGAAGAAGGUUGAAAACUGUCAUCCUUACAUUAAUCUGUUUUGGUGAAACUGUGACAUUUUAUUUGAAUUUGUUUCAGAAUCGAAGCAAACGGCUGGAGAAAGUUCAUGUGGUUAUCGGACCUAAGUCAUGUGACCUAGACUCUCUCAUUUCUGCCUUCACGUAUGCUUACUUUCUAGACAAGGUCAGUCCUCCGGGGGUUCUCUGUUUACCAGUGCUGAACAUACCAAGAACUGAAUUCAACUACUUCACCGAGACAAGGUUUAUUUUAGAAGAGCUGAAUAUCCCCGAAUCAUUCCACAUAUUCCGAGAUGAAAUUAAUCUGCAGCAGCUCAAUGAUGAAGAGAAGCUGUCUAUAACACUUGUGGGCAGCAGCGUGCUGGCAAGUGAUGACAAAACUUUGGAAUCAGCAGUUGUCAAAGUCAUUAAUCCUCUUGAGCAGAGUGACGCCAGGUUUGAGUUCCGAGAGUCUUCCUCUUCCCUCGUGCUGAAAGAGAUUCUCCAGGAGGCUCCUGAGCUCAUCACCGAGCAGCUGGCUCAGCUCCUCAGAGGUAGCAUUCUUUUCAAGUGGAUGGCCAUGGACUCAGAGAAGAUCUCAGAGAAGCAGGAGGAAAUUCUCACUAUCCUGGAAGAAAAAUUUCCUAACUUGCCUCCAAGAGAGGAUAUCAUCAACAUCCUGCAGGAGACCCAGUUCAGUGCUCAGGGUUUAAGUAUUGAACAGACAAUGUUGAAAGAUAUAAAGGAACUGUCAGAUGGAGAAAUAAAAGUGGCCAUUAGCACUGUGAACAUGAACCUUGAGAAUUGUCUGUUUCACAGCAACAUCACCAGUGAUUUAAAAGCAUUUGCAGACAAGUUUGGUUUUGACGUCCUCAUCCUGUUCGCCAGCAGCCUAUCAGAGGAGCAGCAGCCAAAACGACAGAUUGCUGUGUACUCUGAGAACUUAGAGCUCUGCAGUCAGAUUUGCUGUGAGCUGGAAGAGUGUCAGGACCCUUGCCUGGAACUGGAGCCCUAUGACUGUGGCUGUGAUGAGAUCCUGGUGUACCAGCAGGAGGACCCUUCAGUGACUUGUGAUCAGGUGGUUCUCCUUGUCAAAGAAGUCCUCAACAGGAGGUGUUCGGAGAUGGCCUCCAACAGCCGGACGUCCUCAACAGAAGCCGUGGCAGGCAGUGCUCCUCUCUCCCAGGGAUCUUCUGGGAUUAUGGAGCUGUAUGGUUCUGACAUAGAGCCUCAGCCCAGCUCUGUGAAUUUCAUUGAAAACCCUCCAGAUCUCAGUGAUUCUAACCAGGCUCAGGUGGACGCCAACAUAGACCUCGUGAGCCCAGACAGCGGGUUGGCCACCAUUAGGAGCAGCCGUUCAUCUAAGGAGAGCUCAGUUUUCCUCAGUGAUGACAGCCCAGUCGGAGAAGGAGCUGGGCCUCACCAUAGCCUCCUUCCAGGGCUUGACUCCUAUAGCCCCAUCCCUGAAGGGGCAGUAGCAGAGGAGAAUGGUCGGUCUGGAGAACCCAGUGAACACUUUGACCUCUUCAACUUUGACCCAGCUCCUAUGGCUUCUGGGCAGUCUCAACCAUCUUCCCAUUCUGCAGACUACUCCCCAGCAGAUGACUUCUUCCCCAGCAGUGAUUCAUCAGAAGGACAGCUCCCUGCUGGACCUGAAGUGCUUGAUGGGAUGGGGAUCGACAUGUGUAAUCAUUCAUCCAGUUCGCGUUUGUCGGGGCCUGGCAAAGAUAACCUUGUGGAAUUUGAUGAGGAGUUUGCUCAGAGACAAGAAAGUCCUGGAGAUAACUCUGAAAGUAAUUUGAGCUUGACAGGUUUUGUGGGAGAUAAUUCUCCUUCACCAGAAAGGCUAAAAAAUAUUGGAAAGAGAAUCCCACCAACACCUAUGAAUAGCUUUGUAGAAAGUUCACCAUCUACUGAAGAACCAGACUCACUCUAUCCAGAAGAUAUGGCUCAAAAAGCAAUCAACAUGGGUCACACGGGGCCACCUCAGACCCGUGCACGGUGCAGCAGCUGGUGGGGUGGUUUGGAAAUUGACUCCAAAGAUAUUGCAGAUGCUUGGAGUUCCAGUGGACAGGAGUCCAUCUUCCAAAGCCCCGAAUCUUGGAAAGAUCCUAAGUCAAGCUCAGCUGAUAGAAGAGCCUCAGAUUCUAUAUUUCAACCAAAGAGUCUUGAAUUCCCAAAGUCAGAUCCCUGGGAGCCUGCAUUCGGUCAGCCUAAGCUAGGUAGCAAUGAUGAUCGAGACCCAAAUGAGGAAAGCUUGCAGUUUCAGAACCUGCCCACAGAGAAAUCGCAUUUGCCAGAUGCUUCUCCUCGGGGAACAAACCACCUGAUAGAAGACUUUGCUGCUCUGUGGCAUUCGGGUCACUCUCCCACAGCGAUGCCUGAGCCAUGGGGAAAUCCUACGGAUGAUGGUGAACCAGCAGCUACAGCAGCAUUCUCAGGCUGGAGUGCCUUUGGUAAAGAAGAUAAUGAUGACGCUUUAAAAAAUACCUGGAAUCUGCACCCAACCAGUGGUGAGAAACCUUCUGUGAGGGACCCCAAUGAGUGGGCCAUGGCAAAAAGUGGGUUUUCUUUUUCUUCAGAAGAACUCCUGGACAAUUCACCCGGUGAAACAAAUAAUGAAGCAGCUCCGGAAAUGUGGGGCAAGAAGAGCAGCAACUCUAGGGAUAAGGUCCUAGCAUCUGGAAAUCCCAGUUCUGAUCUGGGUCACACAUGGAAUAAUUCUAAGCCACCAGAGGCUGAUCCCAAUGGUUUCGUAGAUCCUAAAACUAGGGAGAAGGUGUAUGAAAAAGUCGACUCCUGGAAUCUUUUUGAAGAGAGUAUUAAAAAAAGAGCAUCUGAUGUCCUAGCUCCUUGGGAAGAUUCCUUCUUAUCCUAUAAAUGUCCUGAUUACAGUGCAUCCAACAUGGGAGAAGAUUCGGUCCCUUCCCCCUUGGACACCAACUACUCCACCUCUGACUCUUACACUUCACCAACAUUUGCUGGCGAUGAGAAAGAAACUGAAAGCAGGCCAGUGGCUAACGAAGAAGGUUUUGAGUCGAAAGAUGCUCACUCUACUGCUCAGGAAGCUGAAACUCCUCCUCAGUCACCCGGGCAGCCGCCUAGAGAUCGGAUCAGUUCAGGGCCGGGGAACCUGGACAUGUGGGCUUCGCCUCAUGCAGACAAUGGUUCAGAAGUAAAUGCUGCUCAUGACCCAGAUAAAAAUGUACUCAAGACAGAGCACGCAGAUGGUAAGAGCGUCUCUGCAGAGGACGACGUGGGGGAGAGCAGCCAGUCCAGUUACGACGACCCCAGCAUGAUGCAGCUUUACAACGAGACAAACCGGCAGCUGACACUUCUGCACAGCAGCACCAACUCACGGCAGGCGGCCCCCGACACGCUGGAUUUGUGGAACAGAGUGAUCCUGGAGGACACGCAGUCCACGGCCACCAUCUCAGAUAUGGACAAUGAUCUGGACUGGGAUGACUGUAGCGGCGGUGUGGCGAUCACCAGCGAUGGCCAAGAAGAAGGCUAUGUGGCUGAUGGCUCAGAACCGGAAACCCGAUUUUCAGUGAGACAGCUGGAACCCUGGGGCACGGAGUAUCAGGAAGCUAACCAGGCAGACUGGGAAGUCCCUGCCUCUGCUGAGCACACCAGGGACGCCACUCCCAACCAAUACCAGGAGCCGAAUGAGAAAAGUGGACAGCUAGUCACCAACAGCAUUUGGGAUUCCGUCAUGAGAGAUGAAGACAUGUCCUCACUCAUAUUACCCGGUUCAUCAGACUUUAUAGAUUCAGAACAAAGCAAAUUACCUCCCGAAAUGACCAGCCUUGCCGCAAAUGCUAAGGGUACUUGCACCCCAGAUGUGCCGGAAGCCUCUGGAACCAGUGAGUCAGGAGCACUUACCCCUCUUCUUGACCGCCAGGAAACACCGAGGGAGACCCUGCAAAGUGAUAUGGUGCCCUUGGCGACCACGCUUGAGAAUCCAGGGCAUUUUGCAUGGAAAGGUCAUAGCUAUGGACAAAGUGAGAAGGAGGCCAGCAGAGCCACUGCCAGGGGGAGCCCCGAGGAGGAGGAAGUCUUAGGCCUUGGGGUGGGUAGCAUCUUGAGGAUUUCUGAAAAAGGGCAAACUGACCAGGAACUCUCUUCUCCAGUGGCAUCUGAACAUCAAGAAAUCUGUGGCGAAUCAGGCAAAAUCAGCCCUCUUUCAGUCACUCUCAGUCCUCGAACUGAGGAACCAGAGAAGGUCUUACAGUAUGAGAAGGAGCCUUCUAAUCGAGACCACUGUGAUGUGCAAACAGAAGUAUCCACAGGCAACCUGCAGGCACAAGAUACCUAUGAAAAGUACCACAUGAGUCAUAGAAAUUCAGGAGCAGCCACUGAUAGUUCUAGUAAGAUAAAUCUAACAAAAAAUGUUUCCUUCCCUGAAAUAGAUCUUGAGAAAACCAAAGAAUGUAACAUUCUGGAGCUAGAGAGAGUGAACGCAGAACGCCCUCAUGAAUUUCCCCAAAGCCUUGCCAUUCAGGAUGGCCCUCUAGACAGUAAUGUGCAGGUCAGUUGCACAAGUUCUGAGAUAACUGACAAUCUUGAAGUUAAGGAGACCGAGAACAGUCUUCCAGGAGUGAGUUCACCUGGAAAUGAUGGCAAAGGUAGUGUGUCGUCUACUGAGUAUUCUCAUUCAAGUGCCUCAAGUCCUGACCUCAACGAUUCUUCAGCUGCAUUGCCUUCCUGGGGCGAACAACCCCGUACGGAGCAUGAGAAAGAGAACGGAGAUAACUGGAGUGAGCAAAAUUGCCAAGAAGCUGAACUAAUUACCAGCACUGAUGGCCAAGUAGAAGUAAUUACUGAAAGGAAGGAUUUAGAGAAAAACAAAGUGGAUGAGUUUGAAAAGAGUUUCGAUCACAAAGUUCCUAAAUUUUUAGAGAUUUGGAAUGACUCCCUUGAUGGUGACUCCUUAUCCUCUUUAUCCAGCCCUGAAACAGGUAAAUAUUCUGAAUAUUUAGGUGCACAUCAGGAAAGAAAUCUAAUGGCUAGCCACCAGGAGGAAAAUGAACGUGACAUUCCUGCAACCGUGCAGCCAGAAGACGCCAAGGUCAUUUCAAACAGCUCUGCUUCUGAUGACGGUGGUGAAGAGUCAGUGGAGGAAGAGGCCCCUUUGGCCACUUGCCACGUUGCUCAGAGCGAACCCAGAGUUUGGGAUUCAUCAAAUGAAUCGAACAGUAAGUUCUUGGCCACAGCUGAUCCCACGUCUGAGGAAUUUUCUGACCAGCCCGGCAGCUCAGAACCAACAGAGAAUGAGAUUAAGUCAAACCCAGGCAGCGAUGACCCACAAAGCAGCCCUGAUCCCUGGAAUUUUUCGCCACUGAUGGAGACUAAGAUACAGGUUACAGCAGUGGAGGAGACACACUCUACUCCAGAAACAAGGGAGACAGGAGAUGUUAUAUGGCAAGUGUCUCCCAAUACUGGACCAGAGAAUGAAGGUAAUUCUAAACUAGAAACGCUGGACUUUUCAGCUGAGAGCAGCGAGUGGUGGGAUGCCUCGUCACGGGAGCACAGACCACCGGAGAGUGUAUCUGAAGGCAAGCUGUCUGACUCCAGUGGCGUGUUAGAGAUGAAUUCUUCAGGGCACCAGAAUGUAGGUCCCUGGGGAGUGCCCCUUCAGGGUGAUACCCAGUCCACGGAUACACACUGUACUAAUCCUUUCAGUGACGGACAUCAGUCACCCUUUCUGGAUAGGGAUGGGGAGAGCUCCCGUGACAAGCUUUGGAACAUUCAACCAAGGCAGCCAGACCCAGAUGCUGAUCAGUUCAGCCAGCUUGUGAUACUGGAUCAAAUUCAAAGAAAUGACUCUAGACAACAAACCCUCAUGCCUUCAGCUGGUGAUGAACUCACUUCUGAAACGCCUACCCAAGAGCAGCAUCAGGGUCCCACGCUGUCAGUCUGGGAUGAACCAGACCCAGUAUUUACUCACACCAGUGAAAAUGGCUGUGUUUUAUCUAUUGUUCCAACUACUGAAACCAAUUGGCGGGAGCAAGAACAAUCAUGCCUCGGUGAAGUGACAAAUUUGAGCGUUGCCACCGAAAAUUUCCCUGCUGUCAGUUCUCCCACCCAAUUGAUAAGGAAUUCAGACUCUGACUGGGAUGGCUCUAGCCCCAGUAAGGGCCCCCAAGCUACCUUUGUGCCAGAUAUUUUGCAUGACAACUUUCAAGAGAGUGGGCAGUUGGCCUCAGCCUCACCUGACUUGUGGACGGAUGCGAGACAGCCCUUCAGUUUGAAAGCAGAUGGUGGGAACCCUGAUCUACUGACGCACUGUGAGCGUGACGACAACUCUCAGGCUUCCCGCAGCCCUGAUGUAUGUCACGACUCUGAGGCGAAGCAGGAGUACGAGCAGCACAUCAGUGCCUUCACGGGACCUGAAGAGGGGCCCCGAGAGCUUUAUCUCACUGAGCCAGAGAACGAAGAGGAGCCAAGUCAGGAGCCCGGGCAGGAAUUUGUCCCCUACAGUCCCAAACUCUAUUCUGAAAAUGCGAUUCCAUUGCCUCCAAUUGGCGAUCAAGCAAACAUAAAUUGCUUCUCCCAGCGUGCUGCCGAGAAAGGUUCUCCUGACGCUUCUGAAAUAAAUGGUGACAAGAAUCCAGGUUUAAAAGCAUCAGAGAUAGGAACCAGUCCAGAUCUAGCACCGAUUUUGGAACCUGUUGACAGAACAAGCCCAAGGAUGGAAAAUAUGGGAACCAGCAUUUUUGUUACUCAGCAAGAGACACCUGUGGAAGGAAGUGCUUCUUGGCUAUCAGAGGGCUUGUCUCCGGAGAGUCAGACAGGUGCAGAAGCCUUGUCUGGUGGUGAACCACCUUUUGCUUCUGAGAAUCCUGCCAUGGUUACUGAUGCUUUGUUAGCCUCAGACACGUGUCUGGAUGUAAGCGAAGCUGCCUUUGAUCACAGUUUCAGCGAUGCCUCUGGUCUCAACACGUCCACCGGGACAAUAGAUGACAUGAGUAAACUGACAUUGUCAGAAGGCCACCCCGAAACCCCAGUCGAUGGGGACCUUGGGAAGCAAGAUAUCUGCUCUUCAGAAGCCUCAUGGGGUGAUUUUGAAUGUGAAGUAAUGGGCCAGAACAUUGAUGAAGAUUUCAUGAAGGAGCCUGAACACUUCCUCUAUGGUGGGGACCCUCCUUUGGAGGAAGAUGCUCUGAAGCGGUCGCUGACACCGUACACACCUCCCUUUGAUCUGUCCUAUCUCACAGAACCUACCCAUGGUACUGAAACAGCAGAGGAAGCUGGGUCACCAGAGGAUGAGUCUCCGGGGAGCAAAGCAGCAGAGAUAGUCCUUUCUGCUCUUCCUGAUCAAAACAAUGAGGGAAACAAUGCUGAGACCCCAAACGGACAGCCUGGACCCCAGCUGGUUGUGCUGCACAUUGAGGAAGACCCUGAGUCGGUUUCUUUGCCUGUAGAAACAGGAUCCACUGUUUUGUCUCCAUCAAACUUUGACUGGGAAGUAGAAACCAAUAAUUCUGAUUCACCAGCAGGUGGAGACAUAGGACCACCAAAUGGUGCCAGCAAGGAAAUAUCAGAGUUGGAAGAAGAAAAGAUAAUUCUUACCCAAGAGCCUGAACAGAUAAAAUUCAAACACGAGGAGGAAAGAUGCACAGAGAAGAAUAGAGAUAAUCACGUCCUGCACAUGGAUUACAUUCUUGUAAACCAUGAAGAAAAUUUACCCUUGAAGCCAGAGGCCUGUGAAGCAAGACCAAGCACCUCUGAAUUAGAAGAGUCGUAUACAGGUUCCGAGGAAAUGAGGCUGCCUAAAACUCAAUUAGCAAGCUUCCCAGACACGUGUCAGCUUGCUUCCUUAAAUGAAAGAAAAGAUCAUUCUGCAGAGAGAAUAUUUUCCAAACAUGAUGAGAGAUUAUCAUUUGAGAGCCCUGUGCAAGAUCAGAGUUGGAUGGUCGUGGGCCAUGGUGAGGCUGGCAAUCUUUCGUCAGAAGAAGCCAGGGAUGCAGGGACUGCAUGGCCUGGCAAGACUGUGGAGCCAUUCCCCGAUCUCGGCAUGAACAGGACCCCCCAGAUGCAAGUUUUGGGAGAAAUAAAGCCUCCGGAAUCUUCAGCACUAGAGGAAGCUUCUGGUCUGAUCAGCCAAUCACGGAAGAACAAGAGCCGCAGCAGGGCCAGCCCGGAUGCUGUUAUACUGCAGCCUGUCACCCAUGACAAUGAAUGGGAAAUGCUUUCACCACAGCCUUCUCAGAAAAACAUGCUCCCUGACACGGAAAUGGAGGAGGAGACUGAGUUCCUUGAGCCCAGAACCAGGAAACCAAGAUCAAAUGGACUAUCAUCAGAGGAUGUAGGAAUGGACAUCGCCUUUGAGGAGGGAAUGCUGAGUCCUGGUGCUGCAGACAUGAGGCCUGAACCUCCUAAUUCUCUGGAUCUUAAUGGCAGUCAUCCUCGGCGAAUCAAGCUCACAGCCCCAAAUAUCAAUCUUUCUCUGGACCAGAGUGAAGGAUCUAUCCUCUCUGAUGAUAACCUGGACAGUCCCGAUGAAAUUGACAUCAACGUGGAUGAGCUGGACACCCCUGAUGAAGCAGAUUCUUUUGACUACACUGGCCAUGAAGAUCCCACCGCCAACAAAGAUUCUGGCCAGGAGUCAGAGUCUAUUCCAGAAUAUACGGCCGAAGAGGAGCGAGAGGACAACCGGCUGUGGAGGACAGUGGUGAUUGGCGAGCAGGAGCAGCGGAUUGACAUGAAGGUCAUCGAGCCCUACAGGAGAGUCAUUUCUCAUGGAGGAGAUUCAGGAUACUAUGGGGACGGCCUAAAUGCCAUCAUUGUGUUUGCUGCCUGUUUUCUGCCAGACAGCAGUCGGGCGGAUUACCACUAUGUCAUGGAAAAUCUUUUCCUAUAUGUAAUCAGCACUUUAGAGUUGAUGGUAGCUGAAGACUACAUGAUUGUGUACUUGAAUGGUGCAACCCCAAGACGGAAGAUGCCAGGGCUGGGCUGGAUGAAGAAAUGUUACCAGAUGAUUGAUAGACGGUUACGGAAGAAUUUGAAGUCAUUCAUCAUAGUUCACCCAUCUUGGUUCAUCAGAACAAUCCUUGCAGUGACACGACCCUUUAUAAGUUCAAAAUUCAGCAGUAAAAUUAAAUAUGUCAGUAGCUUGUCAGAACUCAGUGGGCUGAUCCCGAUGGAUUGCAUCCACAUUCCAGAGAGCAUCAUCAAACUGGAUGAAGAACUGAGAGAAGCCUCAGAAUCAGCUAAAACUAGCUGCCUUUACAAUGAUCCCGAAAUGUCUUCUAUGGAGAAGGAGUAA